GUGCAUUAGCAGCUCUAUGGGUGGACAUUGAAGGAGUUUCAGCAGAAGAGGUAUCGCAUAAUAAUCAAAUGAAAAUUGCAGAUUUUGGCCUUUCUAUAAUUUAUGGUGUGUCAGCAGCUCCGUAUAGGUGGACAUUGAAAGGAGUUUCAGCAGAAGAGGUAUCACAUAAUAAUCAAAUGAAGAUUGUAGAUUUUGGCCUUUCUAUAAUUUAUAGUUCCAAUUCAGUUAACCAAAAAUAUGGAGUACCAGCAUUUAUUGAUCCUCAAUAUCUUCAAUGUCUUCUAAAUAAUUAG